AUGGCUUCUAACCUCUCGUUCGUCCUCAACAAGCCCAACGACGUCAGCUUCGAGGAGCGGCCCGUGCCCAAGCUGCAGCACCCGCACGAUGUGCUCGUCGCCAUCAACUACACGGGCAUAUGCGGCUCCGACGUGCACUACUGGGUGCACGGCGCCAUCGGCCAUUUCGUCGUCAAGGACCCCAUGGUCUUGGGCCACGAGUCGGCCGGCACCGUCGUCGAGGUCGGCGCGUCCGUGACCACUCUCAAGAAGGGCGACCGCGUCGCCCUCGAGCCGGGCUACCCCUGCCGCCGCUGCGAGCCCUGCCUCUCAGGCCACUACAACCUCUGCCCGGACAUGCGCUUCGCCGCCACCCCGCCCUACGACGGCACCCUGACCGGUUUCUGGAGUGCGCCCUCCGACUUUUGCUACAAGCUUCCCGACAACGUCUCCCUGCAGGAAGGCGCCCUGAUCGAGCCGCUCGCCGUCGCCGUGCACAUUGUCAAGCAGGCGCGCGUGCAGCCCGGCCAGAGCGUCGUGAUCAUGGGCGCGGGCCCUGUGGGCCUGCUCUGCGCGGCCGUGGCGCGCUCCUUUGGCGCGACCAAGGUGGUCUCGGUGGACAUUGUGCAGGCCAAGCUGGACUUUGCGCGGUCGUACUGCGCCACGCACACGUACAUGUCGCAGCGCGUGUCGGCCGAGGAGAACGCGCGAAAGCUGAUCGCCGAGGCCGACCUCGGCGAGGGCGCCGACGCCGUCAUUGACGCCUCGGGCGCCGAGCCGUCCAUCCAGACAUCGCUGCACGUUGUGCGCAUGGGCGGCACCUACGUGCAGGGCGGCAUGGGCAAGUCCGACAUCACCUUCCCCAUCAUGGCGCUGUGCCUCAAGGAGGUGACGGCCAGGGGCUCGUUCCGCUACGGCAGCGGCGACUACAAGCUCGCCAUUCAGCUCGUUGCGGACGGCAAGGUCGACGUCAAGGCGCUCGUCAACGGCGUCGUGCCCUUCAAGGACGCCGAGGAGGCCUUCAAGAAGGUCAAGGAGGGCCAGGUCAUCAAGAUCCUGAUUGCCGGGCCCAACGAGAAGGUUGAGCAGGUUAUGGACACGAGCGUCGACGAGAAGAAGCUCGAGGCGGCGCAGGCGGCCGGCAGCACGGGUUGCUGCUGA